AUGAUGUGGUGGAAGAGUGGUGCCGCUGGUGCGUUUCCUGCAGCUUCCUGUGCACUCGAUAUCCGACUUCCCGUCUCUGAGUUGGUUUUCCGAUUUGCGAUUGGAGAUUCGGAGCCAGAAGGGGAUCUCUGGUCAUGGAUUCACAUCCUCGAUCUUGCCAUGCUGGUCAAGUUCACUUGGUGCAUUGACAAGCGUCUGCUCAGCCUUGCCAGGUUGUCGCGCGAAGAUGUCGUGUUCCCGCGGGUGCGACAUCUUGUAUUGCGGAUCCAGAAUUCAUUGGUGUUAACCCACUCUGGCAUCGAGCAGCUGCCGCGCACCUUCCCGGGACUCGAACAGCUGUGCGUUCAGGUCAUCGAUGGGCCUUAUAACACAGAGAUGGCCGCGAGCGAGCCAGCUUGUGUGCUUCCGUGUGUGCGCGAGCUGACCACAGCCUGCAAAGUGUUGCCUGCAGUUCUCCCAUGCACACCAUUUGUGAACAAACUGAAGAUUUGGAAUGAAGCUGCCGGGAGACUGCUGUUUACGCUCCAGCGCAUCGAGAGGUAUAUUCCGCCCACGAUAACUAACGUAGCAUUGCAGUCGGAUAAUGGCAAUUACUCCCUUUGGUCCGGGAUCCUUGCCUUCUUCCCGAACCUGCGCACCCUCGAUUUCCGUGUCAAAGAGUCCAGCGGUGAUUCUCGGCCAAGCGAGGCCCCUCACUUCCUCGCCAGCCUAUCGACCAUCCUUCCGCCCACUCUCGAAAGUCUCCGUGUCCAUAUUUGGUCCUCAAGGGCUGUCCUUCCCGGGGGGCAAACGGGAAGAGUGGGAUUGAGCCGUCUUCCAAGCGCGGAUGAGCUCCAGGCAGAACUACUGAAAGGCGCGAGUAGGAGCAGGGAUGGGCUGCGACGGUCGAUUUGGCGUGGCUUGAGUAAUCCCUCACUUUUCGCUGGCGAGUCUGACACCCAGGGUGGCGGCCUCUACUGGGCGGAAACAAGCGGCGUGAAAUCAGCCGCGGACGGCCCGGAUGGCAAGCAGCAGGGCACAACCGGGCGGGGCACAAGUUUUUCACGGUCUACUGCCCCCCACCGACGGCGCUCCGCCUUCCGCAGACACCACCGGCCCGUUCGCCGACGCUGCAAUCGAUUCCCAUUCCACUCCUCUCCACCUGCCCCCAUGUCCUCUCCAGUCCCCGUCUUCGACGCAAAAAGCGAUGCCCUUCCGCCGGUUGGGCCCCAGCGGUCUGCGCGUGCCGCUCUUCUCUCUCGGCGGCUGUCCGUCUUUGCGCAUUCCCCAUUGGCUUUAGCUGAGCUCUCGACAGGGCUCACCCUCGGAGGCUCCGUCGUCGGCGAGAGCGUCAAGGACAUCAUGCAGGCCGCCUUCGAGAAUGGGAUCAACAUGUUCGACACCGCGGAGGACUACCAGAAAGGUGCGGCUGAGCGAAAAUGUGCGGGACACGCUAUCAAAGAACUUGGCUGGCGCCGCACGGACCUCGUCAUCUCAACCAAGAUAUUCUGGAGCCACGAGCCAGGCACGGGCCCGAACGACACGGGGCUGUCGCACAAACACGUUAUCGAGGGCACGAAGGCUUGUUUGCGACGGCUCCAGAUGGACUAUGUCGACGUCAUCUUCGCGCAUCUUCCGAUGGAGGAGAUCGUCCGCGCAUUUAACUAUGUUAUCGACCAGGGCUGGGCUUUCUACUGGGGCACCUCCGAGUGGAGCGCGCACCAGAUCGAGGAGGCGCAUCAUGUUGCCACGCGCUUAAACCUCAUUGCGCCGAUCGCGGAGCAGUGCAAGCACAACAUGUUCCACCGCGAACGUCCGGAGAAGGAAUACGCCCCUUUGUACGCCAAGUACGGCCUGGGCACAACCGCAUUCUCUGCACUGCAGGGCGGACUGCUGACGGGGAAGACGGCACGCGCCGCCACCACCGUGCCCAUGUUCCGCGGGGCGACGGAGGGUCCCCAGGGCGAAGAGCUGCUUUGGAAAGUGCGUCUCCUCAGCCAAAUUGCUGCGGGUGCGUCGUUUCUCCCCGACUUGCUGAACUCUGGGCGGAACCGCGCUGGCGCUCGCCUCGAGGCGAACCUCGGCGCGCUUGAGGUCCUGCCCAAGCUGGAUGCUGCGGUGUUGGCGCGGAUCGAGGCUGUGUUGGGUAACCACCCACAGGAGCCGGAGACGUAUGGUCACCCGCCGCUGGAUCAGGGCAUCCUUUGA